GGUAACCUUGCAUACCUCUUAACCUUAUAAGUAUACCUAAAGUAACCUAAGAUUCUUAAAGUAAGGUACCUUAGGUACUUACCUUAUAAUAUACCUAACCUUAUAAUCACCACAUAUCCCAACCCUGCACGACCUCAAAUAAUUCUCUAUGAACUACCACCUACCACCGACCACCUACCACCUAUACCGCUGAAAAAUCCGAGCCAUCAUCGACAAUGGUGCUACCCGUCCCUCUUAUACGACUCCAAUGCGGAGUGAACUCCUACGAUUGGGGCAAGAUUGGAUCUGAAUCUGCCGCAGCUAAGUUCGCCGCUGCGACACCCUCCGAUAACUUGAACAUUCAGUCAGAUAAGCCAUACGCUGAGCUAUGGAUGGGAACUCACCCUUCUAACCCAUCUAAGGACCUCGAAUCCGGCCGCACCUUGCUCGAGCUUGUCGAAGGGAACCAGAUGCUUCUCGCCCCCUCCGUUAAGGCGAGAUAUGGUUCCAAAUUACCCUUCCUAUUCAAGGUGCUCUCUAUAAAUAAGGCCCUCUCCAUCCAAGCCCAUCCCAACAAGAAGCUUGCCGAGCAAUUACAUCAAAAAGACCCCAAGAACUACCCAGACGACAACCACAAACCCGAAAUGGCCAUUGCGAUAACCGAUUUUGAGGGUCUGUGUGGAUUCCGCCCGCUUGGCGAAAUUGCUCACUUUCUAUCCUCCGUGCCAGCUCUACGACAGCUAGUCGGAGAAGAUGCCGCAAAGGCAUUUAUCGCCACGGUUCGAGGACAGGAGAGCGACGAUUCAUCCGAGUCUACUACGCAGAACAAGAGAGCCCUCCAAUCUGCAUUUGCCGCUCUUAUGAAGUCUUCACAAGAAGAUGUAGCGUCAGCUGCCAAGUUACUCGUCUCGGACGCCGAGAGCAGAGGAAGCGAAUUUGCAGAUGGCGGAACCGAAUCUACCAGCGGAGCAGUUAUGUCCGAGUUGGUGGUUCGACUGAAUAAGCAGUUCCCUGAUGAUAUCGGUCUCUUCGUCUUGUUCUUCCUCAAUUAUAUCAGGCUUUCCCCAGGCGAAGCCCUUUUCCUGAAAGCGGACGAUAUUCAUGCGUAUGUGUCGGGUGAUAUCAUCGAGUGUAUGGCAGCAAGCGACAAUGUUGUGCGAGCUGGAUUUACGCCCAAGUUUAAGGACGUUCAGACGCUGGUCGAUCUAUUGACAUACAAUUAUGCUCCCAUCGAGGAGCAGAAGAUGUCGCCAACAGAGUACCCGUACGUAGUGCUUAACCGCACCGCAUACAGCUCGGGCUCAGAGGCAACCCUAUACGACCCGCCGAUCGAAGAGUUUAGCGUCAUCAGGUCGGUACUCAAUGGUGAGGGAUCCAAGGCAACCUUUGAUCCUAUCGAUGGACCAAGCAUUGUUAUCUGCACGGGGGGCAAGGGCAAAAUAACGGUUGGUCCAAAGACCGAAGAGAUUAAGGAAGGGUAUGUCUUCUUCGUUGGCGCCACGGCGGGGUUAAUUCUAGAAUCCCAAGGAGGUCAAGAUGACUCGUUCACAACGUUUAAGGCCUUUUGCGAAGUUGAAGACCACAGUAAUGGGGCACAGCUAUAGCUACCUACUUAAUUGUUGAUAUAGGAGGAUGGGUUAUUAUUGCCAACUCUUAUUUCAUCUUCGGAGGCCUCUACUUCUCCAUUUGUCCCAUACCUAAACUAGACAUAUCCUAAAAGCAAUUACUGAAUUUAUACAUAUUACAUGCUUCUUAG